AUGACAUCCUCACCGGCGAUUAAAGAAAAAAAGAGAGACUUGCCCAACAAACACCCACGUCUAGGAACCUCAUCCAUUAAUGGAAGUGUUAUUUCACUAUCUGGCGUUGCUAUGACGACCCCUCCCCCUCUAUUUGGAGCGACUUCAUCUUUUAUGUCGACCCAUUCUCGUAAUGACGGGCAAGAAAAUGGGCGGGUUAAACUUGGGCGAGAACCUCUUGGACGAUUCCGUGGCGACAUUAAGGGAGUAGAAGCCGCCGCCUCUGUUACAGAUCGAGUUAGGAUCCCAGCCAGCGCAGCACAGAAAUCUCACGAGCAAUGGAUGGAUAUGCAGAGCGUACUUAAAGCAGUAGAGACUAGUGCCGAACAGGGUCAACAAAUGUUUGGACGAGAACAUGAAUUGGCGCUUGAGGGCCUGCGAAAUGCCCAGAUAGAACUGGCACGGGCAUGGGCGAGAAGCGAGGCUGAUGAAGUUAUUGAAAGCGUUGAUCAUAGGAGUCGUCCGUAUUCUGGUAAGGGAGGAAACAUUGGUAGCGAUGGAAGAACAGCUACGACAGCUGCAACAAGCGGGAGCGCCGCAAGACCCCUGAGCUCGGAAGGACUAACUGGAGUGGACGGAGAUGUAGCCACAGAACACGAGCUUGAGAUAGACAUAUCAUCAGCACGGAAGAGGAGAGAAGCUAAUGAUAGAUACUUUAAAAAAGUUAACGACGAUGUCAUUGACGUGGUCAUGAAACUUGAGGAAGUGGCCAAUGCUAUGAGAGCUAUGGAGCGAGAGAAUAAAGUAAUAUGGGGAGAUAUGGAAAAAGGGGGUGCUGAGGUCACGGAUACCCAAGAAUCAUAG